GGUUUGUAAUCACAAUCAGGUCCGUGUAAAUACCGCUUCUGCGUCUCGUCUCAGUCAGUCGGGCUCUAUCACAGCCACAGCGGACACGUCAGAGAUCAGAUCACCACGCAUUUACACGCGUGUGCGCGCCUGAGUGUGUCCAGUCGGAGACCCUCUGCCCUAGUUUUAAUGCCUGAUGCUGCUGCGCGUGGAGGAUGAGGAGGCAAAUCCCAGAAUGUCCUCGCCGAUGGAUGCAGCUGUUGUUGUAGUUCCGUUGGAUAGAGUCGUGCGUGCGCGUGAGUGAAUCUAUCGAUAGAUAGAUAGAUAGAUAGAUAGAUAGAUAGAUAGAUAGAUAGAUAGAUAGAUUUUAUUCAUCCCAUGAGGGACAUCGGAGGACACAUUUGGAAGGAAUUUUAAGCACCGGAGGAGAGAGAGGGGGUCCACUCAGUGCCGACCGGAGCAUGAUGGACCCCCUGCCCGACAUACGCGCGUCUCAGGCGGAGCGCAGCAGCAGAGGAGCUGCCGGUGGGGAAUCAGCGGACGAUCAGACACGCGCCUGCGGGAGAAACGCUGCGAUGGGCGGCAGCGACAGUCUGAGCAGCUUCGCCGACAUGGAAGACUCGCUGGAGGAGAAACUCAAAGGUCUGGCGUUCAGGAAACAAAUCUCUUAUAGGAAAGCCAUCUCGCGGUCAGGCCUCCAGCAUUUGGGUCCAGCACAGAAUCCCUUCCCUGCUCUGAGCAAUGGACCUGCCAAGGAGCUCCGCAACACAGUGGACUGGAGCGAAAACGCAGUGAAUGGUGAUCACCUGUGGCUGGAGACGAACUGCUCCGGGGAUCUCUGCUACCUGGGUGAAGAGACGUGCUUGGUCAAGAUUGCAAAGUCGGCUCCCCGGAGGAAGUGUGCAGCCUGUAAGAUCGUGGUCCACACGGCGUGUAUCGAGGAGUUGGACAAGAUCAACUUCCGCUGCAAACCCACCUUCAGAGAAGGCGGCUCUCGAUGCCUUAGAGAUAAUGAACCCUUGUUGGCACGUUUACAUGUGACCCGUUGUGUCUGUUUGCGACAGCAGAACGUUUUGAGACAUCACUGGGUCCACCGCCGGCGGCAAGAGGGGAAGUGUCGUCAGUGCGGCAAAAGUUUCCCGCAGAAGUUCUUCCAUAGUAAGGAGAUCGUGGCCAUCAGCUGCUCCUGGUGCAAGCUGGCAUUCCACAAUAAGGUCACAUGCUUCAUGCUCCAUCAGAUCGAGGAGCCCUGCUCACUGGGAGCUCACGCCGGGGUCAUCGUACCCCCUUCCUGGAUCAUCAAAGUCAGGAAGCCGCAGAGCUCAUUUAAAAACUCCACUCGAAGGAAAAAACGGACGUCGUUCAAAAGAAGAGCCAGCAAAAAGGGCACGGAUGAGUCAAAAUGGCGUCCGUUCAUGCUGAAGCCGCUGCCCUCACCGCUGAUGAAACCAGUGCUGGUGUUUGUCAACCCCAAGAGCGGCGGAAACCAGGGGACUAAGCUGCUGCAGAUGUUCAUGUGGAUCCUGAACCCUCGGCAGGUGUUUGAUUUGUCUCAGGGAGGGCCCAGAGAAGCGUUGGAAUUAUACAGGAAAGUGCCAAAUCUUCGCAUCCUUGCCUGUGGAGGAGAUGGAACGGUGGGCUGGAUUCUGUCAGCCUUAGAUGAACUACAGAUGAACCCACAACCCCCUGUAGCUGUGCUUCCUCUUGGUACAGGAAAUGACCUUGCCAGGACUUUGAACUGGGGAGGGGGUUACACAGAUGAGCCGGUGUCUAAGGUCUUGUGUCACGUGGAGGACGGCACGGUGGUGCAGUUGGACCGCUGGAAUCUGCAGGUGGAGCGUUCGGCUGCUCAGCCGGAGGAGGGCACGCAGAAGCUUCCUCUAAACGUGUUCAAUAACUACUUCAGCCUCGGCUUUGAUGCCCACGUCACCCUGGAGUUCCACGAGUCUAGAGAAGCCAACCCCGAGAAAUUCAACAGUCGCUUCCGUAACAAGAUGUUCUAUGCAGGGGCGGCUUUCUCCGACUUUCUCCAGCGGAGCUCCAGGGAUCUGUCUAAGCAUGUCAGAGUGGUGUGUGAUGGUACGGAUCUCACACCCAAGAUCCAGGAACUGAAGUUUCAGUGCAUCGUCUUCUUAAAUAUUCCCAGGUACUGUGCUGGUACCAUGCCAUGGGGCAACACGGGUGACCACAGAGAUUUUGAGCCUCAGAGGCAUGACGACGGCUGCAUCGAGGUGAUCGGUUUCACCAUGGCCUCUCUGGCGGCGCUGCAGGUGGGCGGUCACGGCGAACGACUGCAUCAGUGCAGAGAGGUCGUCCUCACCACCUUCAAGACGCUGCCCGUGCAGGUGGACGGCGAGCCGUGUCGCCUCGCGCCCUCGACCCUGCGCAUAUCGCUGAGGAACCAGGCCAACAUGGUGCAGAAGAGCAAGAGACGCACGUCUGUGCCGCUGCUGAACGACAUUCAGAAAGUGUGCGCAGCCGACCUGCGCCGGCUCUCUGCUCCCCCCGACUCCUUCUCUGUCCCUCAUGCAGUCCCUGAGCGUCUGCGACUGCGCGUGAACCGCAUCAUCCUGCAGGAAUAUGAGAGCAUGCAGUUCGACAAGGAGCGUCUGCGUGACAUCUCUACUCCUGUUGGGAUCGUGGUGGUGAGAGGAGACUGUGACCUGGAAACAUGUCGUCUGUACAUUGACAGGCUGCAGGAGGAUUUACAUCAAGCGCCAUCUGCUGGUCACAGAGUGCACUACCAGGAUGAGAGCGCAGGUUUGCCACGACCGAGUUCAGCUCACAGACUUUCAUCCAACUGGAGCUUCCUAGACUCUACAUCAGCCGACCGCUUUUACCGCAUAGACAAGGCUCAGGAGCAUCUUCACUUUGUGACUGAAAUAUGCCAGGAUGAGGUUUUCAUCCUGGACCACGAGGCUCCAGCGGUGAGCCAGGUCCGAGCUCCUGGAAUGCCAGAUGUGGUGGUGGAACCCAGUUCCAGUGUUCCCCUGACCUCAGACGAACAAGCUCUAUUGUCAGCUGCUGUUAAAGGAGACCUGUCUGCGUUGUCGGGCUCCUGCGGUAGCGGGGUCAGUCUGUUGGUGCGGGACUCUAUGGGCUGCACUGCUCUGCACUUGGCGGCCCAACACGGCCACACUGAGGUUGUGAGUUUCAUUCUAGAACAUGGGUCCAAGCUGAUGUUGGAUUUAACUGAGAGAGACACAGGCGACACUGCAUUGCACAAAGCAGCUUCCCAGCAGCACCAUGAGGUGUGCAGAUGUCUGCUGGAGGCUGGAGCUUCCCUUAGCAAAACAAACUUCCUGGGAAAAACUCCCAAGGAUUGUGCCCUGGAUGCCGGGAACUCAGAGUUGGCUUCCCUCAUGGAGAGCCAGCCGGUGGAUGAGCCCGCGGCACACGAGGAUCUGGAGACGGCUGUAUGAACGGGCUCACGCGCUUGGUGUUAGGAAGAUUUUUACCCACAGAAAGUGGCUGUCAGCAUUCCUCCGCGCGUCUGCUCACACUCGAACGAGCUUGAGAGGGGAAGGAGGAAGAGAGAGGUGUAACGAGAACGCCUCGGGCUGAGAAAGUCCUCAGUGAACAGGAAAAUGUCUAGCUGUUGUUUUUCCACUGAAGUCGCUGUGGGUUUCAUUUUAUUGUAGGCUCUGACCUAGCAUUUAUUUAUUAAUUGCUCUUAUUUAUUAUAACUAUUUAUUCAAAGAUGGAUUGGGUUAGGUUUAGAGACACAUGCUUUCGUACAUCUUGUUGUGUGCCAAAGACACACAGACAGGAAAAACAUCAUCUGCUCCUGAAGAGGCCCGUCAUCGGUUCAGAGUUUGUUUGAAGGCGGAUCUUCUUCCGGAGAGUUUUCACAGCGGACAAAAUAACUGCUGAGAUUUUAAACUCAAAUCCCAGAGGUCGACGAAUCGGAAGUCUAUAUAACUACAGACUUUACACAAUCUGUUCAUCCUGAUUUGUUUGUGUGCCGUUACAGUGGCGUGAUUGUGAAAUUAUCUUACGAGAAAACAUUCGAGCCAUUUUCGAUGCAAUAUGAAUGGAUGACAUUUGUGCAUUUAUCUAUUUAAUAUUACAUUACAUUAAUGUUUCAAAACAAGCAAGGGAACCGGAUGCGUUUUUCCAUUGAUGGCAGCUGGUUUUUGGCUCCAUUAUAAGGUUGCGUUUGACAACACUGGCCUGUGAGAAGAAAGACUAAACCAAAUGAACGUAGAAAGACACUGACGAGAGUUGUGUGGUAUAUUUCACUUCUGUAACAUUACUUAGUCCUGUACCAUGUCAAAUCACUCAUGAUGGGAAAUGCAUGAAAACGGCUGCCUGUAGGAUCACGCUGAGAUCCAUUUACAUAUGAGUGAUCUGCUGUGUUAUCCUGUAUUAUCAGUUGAGAUUUUAACACAUUACUGUGCAUGGAAUUUUGUUACCUCUCUGGAUGUUUCUACCCUCAGUGAUUAUGUAAUGAAAUGGCAUUAUUUCUCUCUCUCUCUCUCUUUUUUUUUUUUUUUUUUUUAACUUUAAGUUAUAUGAAAAUUGUUUAGUGGUUGUAUUUUGCUUUUUCAAAAUCUUUUAAAAGAUGGGACUACUUGAAUGUUUUAGUUUUUUCUAAUUUCUAAAUAUCUAUUUUAGGUGUGUAUGAGGUCAUGGGGUGAGUAGACAUGGAUAUGUGGGGAUGUGACAGUUAUCAUGUUGCGCAUUCUCAAAACUGAGUAUGUUUUCUCAUUAAAGGGCAGUCGGAUGGAAAA